AUGGUCAGGAGUGGUCAGGGGUGGUUAGGAAUUGUUAGGGAUAUCGGAAUAUUGAGGAAAGAUCAGAGAUAUUCAGAAAUGGUUAAAGAUGGUCAGAGAUGGUCAGGAGUGGUUAGGGGUGGUUAG